AUAGAAGGAAAGGAAAACUAAGAGAAUAACAAUAGAUUGGUGUUUGAUACUCAAAGUUAAGCAAAUAACGUAAAGUUCAACCAAUAGACAUGCAGCCGAUUUGUCGCGUUUGCAUGACCAGCUCGGGAGUCUUGAUAGAUAUAUUCACAAAAAUGAGAGAAACAUUUCCUACUCUGGAGUUCAUGAUAAAUGAGUGCGUAGAAGUGAAAGUAACGCGCCAUGAUAAUUUCCCGAAACAAAUAUGCAAAAUUUGCUUGUCGGAUGUGCAGGCCGCAUUUAGAUUUAAGCGCAACUACGAGCUGACUCUUAGGCAAUUCAAUAAAAAACUGGAUUUAAAAGAGAGCAAAAAAGAAGACAUCUACAUAGUUCUCUCUGAUAAUGAAAACAAUACUGAAGAUGUGAGCACGUGUAAUCCGAAAACAACAACCACAAUCAAAAGACCGAAAAAGAAAGAGAGCGAACGCGCGAGCGAGGAGUACCUGAGUGAAGAGAGUCAAAACGAAGAGAGUCAGUGCAAGGCAUCCCCGGAUUUGAAAGAGAGUUCCGACGAGAGCAUAAAUUCGAAUAGUGACAAAGAAUAUGAACCAAGAGAUCUGUCAGUAAGCGAGAGUCCAUCUGUUGAGGAAGAUGCACCUAAGCGAACAAACAAAAUAACUUCAAAGACGCUGACAACAAAACAAGAGAACGUUUAUAUUUGCAAAACUUGCGAUAAGGUCUACAAGAGGAAGUCAGAUUUGAGCCGUCACAUGAAUUUUCACUUCGGUGCUUGUAAAACGGUGCCAAUAAAACGUAUUUUCAAGUGCGAUUAUUGUGACCAAUUUUAUAGGUGGAAGGCGAAUCUUAAAAGACACGUAAAGAGAAUACACGCCUAAAAAAUAAACACACACACGCAU